GCAAGUUAUGGAACGAAGGAAAAAAUGAACCAAAUGGUCAACGGAUCUUCCAACUCUGAUUCGAACUCAUCUUCAAACUUCGUUCCACGUUCCGCGGCUGCGAAGAUUAACGAAUGCGGCAUAAGAGAUGUAUGGGCGAGCAAUUUAGAGGAGGAGUUUAGCAAGAUACGAGUUGUGAUAAUGAAAUAUCCUGUUGUAGCUAUGGAUACCGAGUUUCCCGGUGUUGUUGCAAGACCAAUCGGCGAGUUUCGUAGCUCGACCGAUUAUCAGUAUCAGCUGCUUCGAUGCAACGUUGAUCUGCUGAAACUGAUUCAAGUUGGACUGACGUUUUUCGAUGAUGAUGGGAAUACACCGCCAGAUUACUGUACUUGGCAGUUUAACUUCAAGUUUAGCCUAGGCGAGGACAUGUACGCUCAGGAUUCAAUUGAUCUUCUCCAGAACUCAGGUAUUCAGUUCAAGCACCACGAGGAUGAUGGAAUUGAGGUGUUUCAUUUUGCCGAACUGUUGAUAACAUCCGGUCUGGUACUGUGCGAAAACGUGAAAUGGUUAUCAUUUCACAGCGGAUAUGACUUUGCUUACUUGCUAAAAAUUCUUACCAACGUUUCGCUGCCUGCGGACGAAGUUGAAUUUUUCGAAUUGCUCCAGCUGUUUUUUCCUGUUAUCUACGACGUAAAGUAUUUGAUGAAAUCUACAAAAAACUUGAAGGGCGGACUUCAGGAAGUUGCUGAUCUGCUUAAAAUUGAACGAGUGGGACCCCAGCAUCAAGCCGGUAGUGAUAGUCUUCUUACUGGAGUCACGUUUUUUAAAAUGAAAGAGGUCAGUCGUUUUUAA